AUGGACGCUGGAUUCUCGGCUCGGCCGCGAAAGGAAGGUACUUGGACGAAGCUCGUCAUAUUCGUUGCGCUAUACUUCCUUCUUUUCGAGUCUAUCCUAGAAGCCGUGCUUGCUCUUUAUCUCUACGGAAAUGGACAGGUUGACUCGAAGAUGACUUUGAGCGUCGUGCUCUCUCUAGUCGCAUCGUUUUUAUCGUUUCCUCUGGUCGGUCUACAGAGCUUGGUCGCCUGGCAGUAUAACAAUAUUGGUGGAUUUGGGACGCAGAAGACUGUCUUGCAUAACGUCUGCACCUAUGUUCUUCGAAUCGACCUCAUGCUAUGGCUGGCUACCAGUGUAGCUGGUCUAGUGGUUGCCGCGCAGCAGGUUUAUUGUCUCCCCGAAGGGACAGAUGCAAGUUAUUGGCGAGUCGGUAUGAGCUGUGCUUUCCACCGAGCAACAGUAAUUGUAUCUGUGGUGUCAAUGGUUACCGUUUGCACUAUGUAUUGUGCACGAGAGCUUUGCGAUCGCCCAUAUGAUGUUUCCCUUCUCGGUAUAUACAGACGCCAGGAAGUUCUUCGAGACGGAAGUAUUCUGUCUGGAAACAGUUGGGAUAGCGAAGAGACACUGAAGAACGAAAUUCUCUACCUUUGUCGCCAACAUGAUGGCAAUGGAACUGGAUACUCCUGGUCUGCGGACCCAAUCGCCAACAGAGUGAACUGUCAUCCCAGCAUCCGACACCCUGCUCCCGUUCGCUUGCGACCUCAGCUUCGAGUAAAUACGGAUCCUGGUUCGACCUACGGAGAGAUUGUCUCAGGAACAACCAUCUCCCCAGAAGACACAAUGACUCGUAUUUCGCCCGGAUCACAGAGCCUUGCUAGUGAAUUCUACCCCAUCUCGCGCACAUCUACAAUGAUGACUUCGCAGACAGGCAACGAGCUACGCGCUUUACUAUCCGAUACACCGGUUCCCAAGGUCCCGAUGAUCCCUAAGGAGUAUGUUGGCCACAAGAGACAAAAGUCCUCGCUUUCCUCUCUCCGGCGUUUUCUCCCGAGGUCUUUCCCCCUGUCGCUGCCGUUGUCUUCGGACCCUCAGAUCCGAGCCCUCGCAGAUCCGAAUGCUGCAUCCGAUGUUGAGAAACAGGUCGUGACACCAAACAGCAUGCCCAAGAAUGCUCCUCAGCCCACAACUCUCCAGGUCAACGGAUCCCAAAGCCAAGACGUCUCCCCAAUCUCCCCAGCACAGGAACCAAGCCUCCAGAUCCAAAAAAAAGACCGCUCAGAAGGCCAUAUCCGAACAAUGACAAUGAACUCGGCCGAUGCCCCAGAAGUAGUACCCUCAGCACCAAAAACACCACCAAAAGUGCGCCGCUCGCAAACAGCAUGUCCAAUGCCAGCGACACGCAACCCCCACUACCCCCAUCACCAACAAGCCUUCCUCACAGGCCCUCAACAACCACGCAAAUACCCCCAAUCCAGACGAGCCUCAGGAACCCCAAUGCAAAUGCCCAUGAACAUGCACAUGUCCCAGCACGGCCACCCACCAAUGCGCCGCAGCACAACCGCCCAACCCACAACAAACUACCACUACCCAUCGCGCAGCCCGUCCUACCACUUCGACCCAUCCCAAAUGCCGCGCCACUCCUACUCCCUCUCCCAAUCUCCCUACCACCCCAGCCAAAGCCACCCCCACCUCCAACAGCAAUACAUAAUGCCCCAAUCAACCCGCUGGACCAGCCAGCGCCGCUUCGAUCCAAACCGCUCUAUGCCUCCCACUCCCCGCCGCAAUGAUGUCGAACUCGUUUACCCGAGCACCCGUCGUCCGCGCAGUACUACGCAUGGCGGCGUCAAUGGCCCACUCAGCUGUAUCAUGGAGACUGUUUCCAAUCCGAGGGCUUCGGUGGAUGAGGUGCAGGGUGGGGGCAUUUCUUUUGGGGGUGAGGGCGGUGGUAUGGAUCAGACUACGUACCGGGGAGCAAAUCGGACGAGUAUCACUUUUUACUGA